GCCGCCGCCGCUCCGGGGAUCUGGGCGCGCGCGCUCCGCUCGCGGGUGACGGUGGCGCCAGCCCCCGGCCCUCACCGGGCCCAGUGGCAGCUGCCUGGGUGACCGUGUGUCCUCCAUUCCGUCUGGACCUGUAUUGUUCCUCUGGGCCCUGGAAUGUGGAGAAGAUGUGCAUGACCCCUGCAGGCAGGAAUCCAGCAGACCGUGCUUCUCUGACGUAUCAGCUCACUGGCAGGCCCUGACCCAAAGGACCACGGAGCUGGAGGCGCAAGGUGAAGCUGUCGGGACGCUCAGGCCGAUGGGGGAGGAAGCCAGGGCCUCGACAGGACGCGGGCAGAUGAUCAGGGGCAUCUGGCAGUGAGGGAGGCGGCCCGCUCCCAGCACCCGCGCCACGCCACCAUGCGGUCUGGGACAGGACGCCCCUGAGAGUGCACGCACCCUCCCCUCCCACCCCUCGGUCCCUCUGGGGGCUGCCGCCCAGCCUCCCACCCAGUCCCCCUGGGCAGGCAAAGCGGGGUCUCCCGCAAAGGCGGUCCCCAUGGCCAGGUGCCGGUGGGGCGUGCUGUGGGUGUGCAUGGCGGCGGCCACCCUGCUGCACGCGGGCGGGCUGGCCCACGGCGACUGCUGGCUGAUUGAGGGCGACAAGGGCUUCGUGUGGCUGGCCAUCUGCAGCCAGAACCAGCCGCCGUAUGAGGCCAUCCCGCAGCAGAUCAACAACACCAUUGUGGACCUGCGGCUCAACGAGAACCGCAUCCGCAGCGUGCAGUACGCCUCACUGAGCCGCUUCGGCAACCUCACGUACCUCAACCUCACCAAGAACGAGAUCGCCUACAUCGAGGACGGAGCCUUCUCGGGCCAGUUCAACCUGCAGGUGCUACAGCUGGGUUACAACCGGCUGCGCAACCUGACGGAGGGCGUGCUGCGUGGGCUGAGCAAGCUGGAGUACCUGUACCUGCAGGCCAACCUCAUCGAGGUGGUCACGCCCAGCGCCUUCUGGGAGUGCCCCAACAUCAUCAACAUCGACCUGUCCAUGAACCGCAUCCAGCGGCUGCACAGCGCCACCUUCGCCGGCCUGGCUAAGCUGUCCGUGUGCGAGCUCUACAGCAACCCAUUCUACUGCUCGUGCGAGCUCCUGGGCUUCCUGCGCUGGCUGGCGGCCUUCACCAACGCCACGCAGACCUAUGACCGCAUGCAGUGCGAGUCGCCGCCGCUCUACUCCGGCUACUUCCUCCUGGGCCAGGGCCGCCACGGCCAGCGCAGCAUCCUCAGCAAGCUGCAGUCCGUGUGCACCGACGGAUCCUACGUGGCCGAGCCACACCCGGUGCCUGGACGUCUGCCCCCUGGCCGCUCGCCACCCCCGCCGCCACCGCCACCACCGCCAGAGCCCAGUGAGGCCCCGUGUGCUGAUGACGAAUGCUUCUCCGGCGACGGCACCACGCCACUGGUGGCACUGCCCACACUGGCCCCCCAGGCCGAGGCGCGGCCACUCAUGAAGGUGAAGCAGCUGACCCAGAACUCCGCCACCAUCAUGGUGCAGCUGCCCAGCCCGUUCACCCGCAUGUACACUCUGGAGCACUUCAACAACAGCCGCUCAUCCACCGUGUCCAGGCUGACCAAGCCGCAGGAGGAGAUCCGCCUCACCAACCUGUACACGCUCACCAACUACACCUACUGUGUGGUGUCCACCAGCUCCGGGCUGCACCACAACCACACCUGCCUUACCAUCGGCCUGCCCAAGCCGCCCAGCCCGCCGGGCCCCGUGCCUAGCCCAUCCACGGCCACCCACUACAUCAUGACCAUCCUGGGGUGUCUCUUCGGCAUGGUGCUGGUGCUCGGUGCCGUCUACUACUGCCUGCGCCGGCGGAGGCGCCAGGAGGAGAAGCACAAGAAGGCGGCUGCGGCCGGCAGCCUGAAGAAAACCAUCAUCGAGCUCAAGUACGGGCCCGAGAUGGAGGCACCCGGCCUGGCCCCACUGUCCCAGGGCCCGCUGCUGGGCCCUGAGGCGGUGACCCGCAUCCCAUACUUGCCAGCGACCGCCAGCGAGGUGGAGCAGUACAAGCUGGUGGAGAGUGGCGAGACGCCCAAGGCCAGCAAGGGCAACUACAUGGAGGUACGCACGGGUGACCAGGUGGAGCGCAGGGACUGCGAGCUGGGCCGGCCUGGCCCCGACAGCCAGAGCUCGGUGGCCGAAAUCUCCACCAUCGCCAAGGAGGUGGACAAGGUCAACCAGAUCAUCAACAACUGCAUCGAUGCGCUCAAGUCUGAGGCCACCUCCUUCCAGGGCGGCAAGUCUGGGGCCGUGUCCGCGGCCGAGCCGCAGCUGGUGCUGCUGUCGGAGCCGCUGGCCGGCAAGCACGGCUUCCUGUCCCCGGUCUACAAGGACGCCUUCGGCCACGGCCUGCAGCGGCACCAUAGCGUGGAGGCGGCCACCGGACCACCGCGCGCCAGCACCUCGUCCAGCGGCUCCGUGCGCAGCCCGCGAGCCUUCCGCGCCGAGGCCACCGGCACGCACAAGGCCGCCGCCACUGAGGCCAAGUACAUCGAAAAGAGCUCACCCGCGACCGACGCCAUCCUCACUGUGACGCCCGCGGCCGCUGUGCUGCGGGCUGAGGCCGAGAAGGGCCGCCACUACGGCGAGCACCGGCACUCGUACCCCGGCUCCCACCCCGCCGAGCCGCCCGCGCCCCCCGCGCCCCCGCCCCAUGAUAGCCUGGGCGGCCGCAAGGCCUCCAUCCUGGAGCCGCUGACCCGGCCGCGCCCCCGUGACCUGGCCUACUCACAGCUGUCCCCGCAGUACCACAACCUGAGCUACUCUUCCAGCCCCGAGUACACCUGCAGGGCCUCCCAGAGCAUCUGGGAGCGCUUCAGACUGAGCCGCCGGCGGCACAAGGACGACGAGGAGUUCAUGGCGGCCGGCCACGCCCUGCGCAAGAAGGUUCAGUUCGCCAAAGACGAGGACCUACACGACAUCCUGGACUACUGGAAGGGCGUGUCGGCGCAGCACAAGUCCUGAGCCCGCGGCCGGCGCCUUCCCCGGAACUCGUGACGCCCACGGGACCAAAAAGGACACAAGACCCACUGCAGCUAUUCGUAACCCAGAGACUCCCACGCAAUGCCACACACACACACACACACACACACACACACGUGCACACAUGCACAGAGAGACGCACGCACACGUGCAUACACAUGUGCCCACAUGCACAUGUGUGCACCCGUGCAGACGCACAGACAUGCGCACAUGCACAUACACGUGCACACACAGACACAAACACGCUUAUAGACAUGCGUGUGCACACAGACAUGCACACAGCCAGUGUGGAAGCCUGGGGCCCUCAGAGAGAGAGGGGAGGGGGCGACGCUGCCAGUCACAACACAAGAUGAGCCGCGGCCUCCACACACACACACACACACACACACACACACACACACACCAGGGACUUGAGAAAACUGUGUCUGGGGUUGGGGGUGGGGGAGGGGACUUUUUUUUCAUUAUCUUUCCUCUAUAUUCUUCUCUGCCUUCUUUAUCUUCCUCUCUGUCUUUAUUUUCUUCCUUUUUUAAAAGAAAAAAAUAAUAAAAGUAAAGUUCUCUUAAAGACAUAAAAUACCAGAUGUGGGAGGUGUGGCCACGUGGCCGCCGGGCUCCCCUCCACGAUUGCCUCAUCCUGGUUUGCUGUGGAUUUUCUCCUCAGUCCAUCACUUUGCUGCCAACUCUGGAGGCCACCAAAGAGGGGCAGAGCGAAUGCAGGCAGUCCGGUGGCCCCCGGGACCUGCCUGGAGCCCUGCAGGGCGUGAGGGGCAUGGGGAGGGCUGUGGCUGGAAGGGGCGUGGGCUGGGAGCAUGUGCUCCAUCCCCGUCCCUGCUGUACACUGUCGUCGUCUCAUUGUACAGAAAAAUAUUUCUAUAUUUGCA